AUGAGAUUAUUCAGUUUUACUUUCAAAACUAAACUGCACUGUUUAUUGACAGAGCGAAGAAAACGAAGGGAAGAAACGGUACAGGCAAUUAUUCAAGACCAAUCACCAUCAACAAUGCCAGUCACGGCUAAACGUCCGUUAUUUAUUGAUCGGUCGGUCGAUUCUGAACUAAUUCCAGGUAUUGGGAAUAUACAGGAUAGCAAUGCUACCGAAAUACCCGCCGAAGGUGAAAACAGAAAUGUAUUGGAAAAAUAUGCAGAUGAAACCAUGCAUGAGCAAAGCAUUAAUUGGGAAAAUGAAGUAGUAUUCUGCUUGGAACUACAGCAGUCCAAGCUUGGAAUAUCUCUAUUGGACAUAAAUCAAGAGACUUUAUCGGUUCUAAAUCAGGACAUUAUUGUUAAUGCCAGAAGUUCAGAAAAUAUGAAUGAAGUGAACUUGAUUCUAGAAAAUUUGAUACUUGAAAAUGAACCUAGCGUAGUGUUGUGUUCAAGCAGGUUAGGGGAAGUGAUUUAUGAAAACCUCAAAUUUUUGUCAAUCGAGCGCAGUUUUAGAUUGCAGAUGCAGUCCCAUGACAAAUUUAAAGUAGAAUAUUUUGUUCAACAUUGGAACAACUUUCAAGAGUCCCAACAAUUGAUAGAUAUUCAAGGAUUUCAGAUCUUGGACCAAUUGGGUACAAACAAAGCCGCUAAAGUGACAACCAUGUCAUUGAGCUGCUUGAUAAAAUCUAUGGAUCAUUUCUCCGCCGUUGAUUUUGACGAAUGUGAGAUGUUUAAUUUUUUCGAAAAGGUCAAUAUAGUGAGACAAUUAAUGUUGAAGGAUCGGCUCUUUCUUGAUGAUGAUACUCUGGCGGCUUUACAUAUUUUUAAACCCAUCCAGAUACCAGGACAUUUUUGUGAAAUAACAAAAACCGGCUAUUCAUCUGUGUUUGAUUUGCUCAAUCACACUACUUCAGAACUUGGUAAAAGAUUGCUAAAAUCCUGGUUAGCCAGUCCACUAUCUAAUAAAAUAUUAAUAGAAGAGAGACAAAAGGUGAUACGAUCUCUAAUUGACGGCAAGAAUGCGAUAUUAUUCGACGAUCUUUCAAAUUCUCUAAAGUACAUGCCUAAUAUAUUCAGCAUUGUAAAUGAAAUGAGCAAAGGCGCAGUAAAACUCUCAGUGUGGAGAAAAUAUAUUUCUUUCUGUACCAAAACUGUCGAGAUCAUAAACUUAAUCCAUAUUCUCUACGAUUCUUCAGAUAAUUGCCGGUUAUUUAACACCAUAAAAAAUGACCUUGAUAAAAGCAUGAUGUUGAAGAUAUUAAAGAAAACCGAAAGUGUUCUUGAUUUGGAGGGGUCCCUUAACCAAGAUGCGAUUGUUAUAAAGGAUAAAGUUCGUAUAGAACUAGAUGAGGCAAGAGGAACUUACUUCGAGCUUGAAGGUGUUUUAAAUCUUGUGGCAAAUGAGGCAAACAAUACACUAAUAUCAACAUUGCAGAGUAAUGAGGAGAAGCUUUUUAAAAAAUUGAACGGACGAAAUGCUUUGAUAAAUGCGAUAUAUCUACCACAACUUGGUUAUUUACUAUGUGUUGAUGCAUCCAUAGAAGAUAUGUUCGAUCCAGCUGUGCUAUACUGGACUGAAAUUUUCAGAGAACAGAAUGUAAUAUAUUACAAGAAUGAUGAUACGAAAGUUAUGGACGAACACUAUGGUGACCUUCAUGGAAUAAUAUCCGAUUUAGAGUUGGAGAUCCUACUUGAACUACAAAAUGCAGUCUUGAAUACAAAGCCAGCAAUUUUGCUGUCAGGAAAAUGUUUCGCAGAGCUCGAGGUUUUAGUCUCAUUUGCUAAGACCGCCAUUAGCCAAAAUUAUGUCCAGCCUGUCAUUGAGGAAAAGGAAUGUGUAAUUGAAAUUGAAAACGGCCGGCACCCCUUAUAUGAAACACUUGUAGACACAUACAUCCCCAAUGACCUUCGCAUGCUUGGCGGAACUUUUGAUAAUGAUACUUGGAAUAAUAAUUUCAAAAGAAUUUCUGUCAUUACUGGCGCUAAUGCGUCUGGUAAAUCUGUUUUUUUAACGCAGAACGGACUUAUAGUGUUUCUUGCUCAUAUUGGUUGUUUCGUUCCUGCUGAUAAUGCACGUAUUGGUCUCGUGGACAAAAUAUUGACCAGAGUAGUGACUCGGGAAUCUGUAGCAAAGACGCAGAGUACAUUUGAGAUUGAUGCAAAUCAAAUGUCCAAGUGUUUGUCAUUGGCAACGCCGAGAAGCUUACUUUUGAUUGAUGAGUUUGGUAAAGGGACAGAUGUGAUUGACGGCCUAUCUAUGUUCGGAGCAAUUAUAAAGGACUUUUCAAGGAGCUCGUCUUGCCCUAGAGUGAUCGCAUCUACUCAUUAUAACGAAGUUUUCAGUCCAAACAUCCUUACUAGUGAAAUUAAUGGUGUAGUAUUCUAUAAAACCGAGAUUUUAUUGCAGGUGAUGGAAAAGGAAAAUAAAGGAAAUGCCAGAGAUGAAAUGAUUACCUUUUUGUACAAAUUGAGCACCGGAAUUGCCACGAACUCUUUUGGUAUAUUCUGUGCCAAAAACUGUGGCUUAAGGCAGAGCAUUGUCCAAAGAGCACAAGAACUUACAACUCAGAUAGCAGAUGGAUUUGACAUUGCUAAGAACUACAGCAAACUAACUAUCGAAGAAUUGAACCAAUUUAGAAUUGACCAGGAUAUUGCGAAAGAGUUUGUAGCAUGGGAUCUUGAUCUUGAGUCCAUCCAUUCUGACAAGAUACAGCAUGCAAUACGGAGAAAACUACAAAGAAUAUUGGAUGCUGGACAAAGCUGCUAA